UGUGACGUCACGGAGGUUUGUUGACAUGCCUGGUUUUGUUCAGGAGAGAAAAGAACAGCAGCAGAAAAGCGUCUCCGGUCUUUCUGGAUCUGUCAUGACUGAUUGAACGAACAGGAGAAUGUGAAGCACCAUGGCUGACUUCGAAACCUACCAGGAGUACCAGAGGAUCGAGGAUUACGAAGAGGACUCGCCUCCGGGAGAAGAGGAUCUGCUGAUUCAUGUGCCGGAGGGACUCAAAGAUUCCUGGCACCAUAUCAAGAACCUUGACAAUUUCUUCACUCGAAUUUAUCAUUUCCAUCAGAAGAAUGGAUUCGCCUGUAUGCUCCUAUCCGAGUUCUUUGAACUUGUGCAGUUCCUGUUCGUGGUCACGUUCACCACCUUUCUGUUCAACUGCGUGGAGUAUGACGUGCUGUUCGCCGACCGAGCCGUGAACCACACCGGGACGGGCGUGAACCCGCUAGACAGGACCAAGGUCACGCUUCCGGAUGCCAUCUUGUCGCCUGAGCAGUGUGCCGAGAGGAUUCAAGGCAACAGCUGGAUCAUCUUUCUCCUCAUCAUGGCAGCCAUCUUCUGGAUCUAUCGACUCGGGAAGGUGAUCUGCAACGUGCUCAGUUACUGGGAGAUCCGCCAGUUUUAUAUCAAAGCCCUGAAGAUCAGUAUGGACGAGCUGUGCAACUUCAGCUGGCAGGAGGUGCAGGCGCGCCUGAUCAGGCUGCAGCGCGAGCAGCAGAUGUGCAUCCACAAGAAGGAGCUGACCGAGCUGGACAUCUACCACCGCAUCCUGCGCUUCAAGAACUACACCGUAGCCAUGAUCAACAAAUCUCUGCUGCCCGUGCACCUGCGCGUGCCCUUCCUCGGCGACGUGGUCUUUCUCACGCAGGGCCUCAAGUACAACUUUGAGCUGAUCCUGUUUUGGGGGCCGUGUUCGCCCUUUCAGAACAAAUGGAGCCUGCAUCCGAAGUACAAGCGAGCGAGCGAGCGCCUGGAGCUCGCACGUCAGCUGAGCCGCACCAUCUUGCUGGCGGGCGUGGCCAACUUGCUGCUGUGUCCGCUCGUGCUGGUGUGGCAGGCGCUGUACGCCUUCUUCAGCUACGCCGAGGCUAUCAAGCGCGAACCGGGCAGUCUCGGCACGCGCCGCUGGUCGCUCUACGGACGUCUGUAUCUACGCCACUUCAACGAGCUGGACCACGAGCUGCGCGAGCGCCUCGGCCGCGCCUAUCGUCCCGCCGCCAAAUACAUGAACGCCUUCAACUCGCCUCUGCUCGCUGUACUGGCCCGGAGCGCAGCCUUCUUCGCUGGCUCGCUGCUCGCUGUACUCGUCGCACUAACCGUCUAUGACGAAGACGUCCUCGCUGUCCAGCAUGUCCUCACUGCCGGGACGGCCCUUGGUAUCAUCAUCACCAUUGCCAGGUCCUUUAUACCAGACGAGCAUAUGGUGUGGUGCCCGGAGCAGCUGCUACAGUGCGUGUUGGCACACAUCCACUACAUGCCCGAUCACUGGAAGGGCAACGCUAACAAGAGCGAGACGCGUGACGAGAUGGCACAGCUUUUCCAGUACAAAGCGGUCUUUAUCCUGGAGGAGUUGCUCAGUCCAAUCAUCACGCCCUUCAUCCUCAUCUUCGUCCUCCGGAGCAAGUCUCUGGAGAUCAUCGACUUCCUGCGCAACUUCACCGUCGAGGUGGUGGGCGUCGGCGACAUCUGCUCCUUCGCACAGAUGGACAUCCGCCGACAUGGCAACCCACAGUGGAUGUCCGAGGGCCAGACGGAGGCGUCCGUGUACCAGCAGGCAGAAAACGGCAAGACGGAGCUGUCGCUUGUUCACUUCACGCUGAAGAACCCUCGCUGGCAGCCGCCUCAGGAGAGCUCUCUGUUCAUCAGCCACAUGCGUGAGAAGGUGCAGCAGGACGCGCAGGCGGGGCCGAACCCUCAGCUCCUGCUCUCCGAGGCUCCGCUCUACACCUCGCUGCUCUCCAAUGACUCCGCCACUGCUCCUGAUACCCUUUUGGCGAGCGUUCUGGCUCAUCCGGUCCUGACGGCGUCCGGGUUGCCGGGCUGGAAUCGUCGUUUUGUGCCUCCGAGCAGUACGGCCUCGGCCGCCGCGAGCGUCCUCGCCUCGAUCUCUUCCUCCCAGCAGCCUCACACCGGGCGCUCGCGCUCUCACAUCCUCCAUCCGGCUGUUCAUCAACAUCCCGAAGGUCCCAUGUACCACAGCAGCACCACUAUCAGCAUGUGCGCCAGCGAGUCGAAGACGCACGGCCAGUCCAGUUCAGCCCUGCUCUCGGAGUUCGCCACAGCCGAGAUGAGCCUGCACGCCAUCUACAUGCAUGAGGUGCAUCAGCAGAAGUUCCAGUGUCAGCGUGGACCUGGUCAGUUACAUCCUCACAUGUCCUUAAGGGACUUUAGUGCCAGUGCUGUGCCUGCGCCUCAGAUGCACCCAGCCGGCCUGGCGGUGCCGUCCUCUCUCCGGCUGCGAGGAUGGGUGGAGGAAGAGGAGGAGGAAGAGGAGCUCAACAGCAGCUCUGCUCCACAUCAUACGAGUCACACGAGCGAGGCGAGCAGCUGAAGUGCCUUAAAGCUCUGGGUCUUUGCGUUCAUUUUCUGGAAGAAUGUCGUGGCCUUAGUUUAAUUUGAAGCUUCUUGAUCUAAAAGUCGGAUCACAGAGUCUUCGCUGCACCGGUCUUCCAGCGUCGAGGAGCCGUGGUAUUCUGCGCCUACGGAGUGUACCAGCCACCUUCUCCUCUCGCUUAGAUGCUUCAUGAGGAGGAUGCGUUCUUUUUAAAUAUUAUUAUUCUCCUUCUGAUUAUUUUUUAAAACGAUUUUGUUGUGUGGCUAAGUUUUCAUUCUGAGGUCAAAGAUGAGGCUCGUGCACCGUUACUCAGCAGGAGGUUGGUUUCAAAAACGGACUGCUGACAAAUAUGGUGCCGCUUAUGAGUGGUGGAAAAGGUUUGUAGUAAUUUUAUGUUGUGGCUGAAAAUAAGAUCAUUUGGUUUUGUGCGCGCGUGUGUGUUAUUUUGCAUGAGGAGCCCUAACGACGGAGCGCUACAAAAGUUCUGGAAAGGCUCCAGAUUUUUCCAGGUCUGCAAAAAGAAGGACAAAGACCAUCUCUUUCUCUAGAGAACAUUUGGGUUUGUCAGUUUUGAUGUGCUUUUUGAAUUGUAAACACUAUUUCAGUCUUGGAGGCAUUUUCGAAGCUUUCAGAAGAAUUGAACGACGAUGAAUACUUUUUUUGCUGAAGCAUACACAGUUUUAUAUCCACUGAGCUUUUCUUGGCCGGAGUGACACUAAAGCCUUUGUUGAAGCAGAGUUUUAUUAAUUUUCCAAUAAUGGCAUGUCCUGAACUUUUUUUUUUUUCCUUUGAUGCCGCAGCAAGUACAAUUUUAUUUAUCAGAACAUGAUUUUUUUUUUGUCUGUUUCUAGUUGCAUUUAAAAGUGAGUUCCUGUUGUCACGUACUUUAUAAUAGGUGUUCCCUUACGCACCUCUCUCGAAGUUAAGACAAAGAAAAAGCAUACAAGGAAGAGUUGAAACAGGAGACUGCUUCCACAAUAGCACUUGAAUAUUAAGUUAUGGAAAAUGAAUCAGUACCUGACUAAUCAGAAUGGAGAAUGCAGCAGCGCUUCGGUAGAAAUAAAAUAACUUUUCAGUUUAGAUGAAACUACGAGAGACUGAAAAAAAAGGAAUACUAAUGCAGUGAUAAGUAUAUUUAGAUUUGCUUUCAUUAUUUUAAAACAUUUAAUGGUGCUUUUAUGACAAGGAAGUGACAUACAUUUUUCUCAAUAUUAACACUUAAUUAGCUGAGUGAUGAAUUAGCGAGCUUUUAAUGAAGCCUCAGCGCUUUUAUCAUCUUGACAAGCAAGAUUCAUUUUCUUAACGUUUCAUUCUGCACUCGGAUAAAUGAUGUAUCAUGGAAAUAUCAUUAGGAAGACCAGAUGGCUACUCUCAUUUCCAAAAACUGUUGAUCCUCUUUCAGAGCUGAUGGAUGAAAAAUUGUCCAACCCACAUUUAUUGUGUCUGAAAAAAUAGUAUUGCUUUUGAGAAUGAGGGGAAAACACCACCUUGCCUCCAACCUGUUUGUUUGUUUGUUUGUUUGUUCACAUCAGGGCAAAUGCAUUAAUUGAAUUUCACACAGCUUGACAUACCUCUGCACAUUCAACUAAGUAAUGUACAGUAUUUAUUUUGGUGCAUAUAUUGUUACAAUGGGGAACUCGGAGUGUGUGAGUCAGUGGAUGGGACAUGUUUACCCGUCUCAUGUUUGACAGAUGAGAGCUGACUGAAUACAUUUGUGAAAAAUAACUGAUUGGUGAUUUUACAUGUUUGUGAUUGUCAUGACCACUAUAAGCAGUCAGAAUUAUGACUGCAAGGUGCUAUGUUUUUUGUUGCUUUUAAUAUUUAUCUAAGUUUUGUGGGCGUUUUUUUUUUGUUUGAUCAAAAUAUUUAAAAAUAAACCAAAGCAAAAAUGG